AUGGCUAGACUUGCAAACCGAGACUAUGGCUUACAUCCCAGUGUGGAUGCAAAAGCUUACCUAAAGUCACUUAGCCUUGACCACACCAUUGUCAAAGGUGGUACCCCUACCCCUUUGGAGCAAGCGAAAGCAUUGGUGUAUCUCAAACACCAUAUACAUGAAGAACUCAAAUCUGAAUACAUCCUUGUGGAAGAUCCCAAAGAGUUAUGGGAUAACCUAAAGGAUAGAUUUGAGCAUUUGCAAAGAAUUAUCGCUCCAAGGGCCCAACAUGAAUGGUCAGUACUCAGGUUUCAGGACUUUACAUCAGUAUGCGAGUACAAUUCUGCAGUACUUCGCAUCACCUCACAGCUAAAGCUGUGCGGAGAAUCUGUGUCUGAACAAGCCAUGAUUGAGAAAACCCUCUCCACUAUGCAUGUCAAUAACGUUGUUCAGCAAGAACAAUAUCGUGAAAGGCGUUGCCAAAAGUUCUGCGACCUAAUUGCCAUCCUUUUGGUUGCAGAACAGAACAAUUAA